AUGCUGGGAGUAGGGCAGGCUAUUAUAGCUGUCAGUGCUCUAUCUACUUCUUUUGGUAAACUGAAAAUGGUUGAAGGAAUUAUGAAGGAAGGAGUCUUGGCACAGAGAUGGGCUGAAGUGAGGAAUGCUGCUGGCACUAAAGAGGAGAACAAACUUCUAGCUGUGAGAUGGAUACUUGAACAGGCAGCCAAAUCCAACCUUCAGUCCAUUACUUGUUGUGUUGAUGAUAAGAAUCUUGUUACAAAGCUGCAAAAUCAAGACUCCUUUAACU